AUGGCCGCCGCCCUACAGUCCCUGAAGGUGUCAACACACCAAAUCCCUGCCUUCAAAGGCCUCCCGAACACUUCAAUCUCAAACAAGCCAUUGAUGAUUUUCCAUGGCGCCUUCCCCACAGCAAGCGCAUCUCAGAUUGAGAAACAUCUAACAGACACGGGUGUCGUCACACCGCAAUGGCGAUACACGAUGUACAGUGAUACCCAUUUCCACUCAACCACCCACGAAGUGCUCGUAAUAUCUUCUGGCUCAGCCAAGUGCUGUUUCGGUGGCGAGGAGAACUCAGGCCGUGUAGAGCCGGUGCUGCAAAAGGGCGAUGUCGUCGUAAUACCAGCUGGAGUAGGUCAUCGCCUGUUAGAAGAUCACGGAGCCUUCCAGAUGAUUGGUUCCUACCCGCAAAGGCACAGCUGGGACAUGUGUUAUGGCAGGAAGGGCGAAGAGAAGAAGGUCGAGGGCAUAGCGAAGCUAGCAUGGUUCACGCGGGAUCCUGUGUAUGGAGAUGACGGGCCAACAUUGCAUGUGUGA